AUGGCGGCUGCGGAAAAAGGCUUGUUGUAUGAUAAACUCAGCGAAAAUGUCGAAAAAAUCCAAAACUUGGGUAAAAGUUGGGGUAUGGACAACGACGAAAUAGAAAGCUGUAUCUACACUGCCCUAGAGUUUGAUUGUCCGUCGAAGCAAACGACUGUGACGUCUAAAAUCAUGUUCGGUCUACGAGUCUUCGUUUUGAUCUUCAGUUUCUUAUUGGCUAUGUACGUUUUUAUGAGCUUUCAUAAACCUACACAGCAGAUGGUUUCGAAACAGACACAGUCGUGGCAGUAUCCUAUCCUUAGAUUCGUCAGAUUGUUGACUCUGCCACUUGCAAAGAAAUACCAUCUUGAUGUAUUCCAUGAAUUAGAGUGUAUUGUUGAUAAUCCAUUCUAUACUGAAGAAGCACUCGACUGCUGGCCCUGUGAAAUAGUUGAGGAGAUUCAAGAUUUCUCUGGAUUUGAUAAUUUUACUGAGUAUUAUUAUCAUAAUGGAAUACCAUUCUAUGUCACGGAUGCAGAUGGGGUGGUGGUGACGUAUGAAAUGCUACGUGAUUUAUACAUUGAAAACAGAGAGGAUAUGGAGACCAGCAUUGAUUCAUUCAUUUCAACUGACUCCAGCAUUACAGAUGUGUAUAAGCUAUUCUCUCAGACACCUAAUAGUCAAGAUAUAGUUGAUUCUAACUUAGGUGUUAUGUGGCGUACGCAGCGUGUUUCAGGUGUCAGAUUAAUCAGAAGCUUGUUUCCAAGACCAUAUUUCAUUCCGGAAAAGGCAGAAGUAUGUUUAGAGAAGUACGUCUUCAUUGACAGUCCAAAAGCAGAACCAUUUCAAAUACCUUCCUUACAAUCACCCAAUGGUUGGUUGGCACAAGGAUCAGGACAAAGACAGAUUGUAUUAAUUCCAUCUGAAGGUUGCCAGUCAAACUGUUCAGAUGUCAGUAUUGUCUUAGAACCUAUGGAUAUAUUGUUCUACCACACUCAUUACUGGAAACCACAGUCCUUUCCUUAUGGUGAUCAAGUCAGUGUCAUGUUUGCAGCUUCUUUCCUGUGA